GCGCCAUACACACACGCAGCGAACCCAGCCCUCCCACCCCCGCCUCGAACACCCCCCACGCCCUCCUUUCGCACUCACGCCCCGAGAGAGCCUCCCUCCCUCUUGCAGACGAUGGUGAGCACAGCCCGGGCCGCAGCGGUGGUCAUGGCGGUGGCGGUGGUGAGUGCGGCCCGCCUCGCUCACGCCGCUGUCCUCCCUGGUCACGACUCGUCAGGAUCAAAGCUGGUGUCUCCGAGAAACGAGUACAUGCAUGACCUGAACCCCGAGUUGGUGAGCCUCCUGCAGCAGACACUUCCCGAGAUCAGAGACAUCAGGAUCGUCGACGGUCCCGACGGCCCCAGGCUGGACAUGCCCUUGAGUGGGUGCCGCGACUCCCUGGACUGCCACCACCGCUUCACUAACUACCUAGGACUCCUGGUGAGGAUGAUGGAGACAGGGAAGAGGAGGAAGUAAAUGGGGAGAAUAAAGAGAAGAUAACGAAUAAGAAGAGGAGGAGGCUUAAAAAAACAGGAGGAAACGCGAAAGGCUUCGAUUCAUGGCUGAGAGAAGAGAUUUCGAGCGAAGGGAAUGGCGACCUUUUGAGACUUUUUCGCUCUUUGCAUUUCUUUUGUUUUCAAGUCCAUCAGGCAUCCGUUUUCUCGUCCUGUCCUUAAUUCUGAUGAGACGGGUUUUCGAAAAUGGGAAAAGUGAGGAUCGAAAAAUAUGUAUAUUUCCUGAAUGUAAGCAUUUUAUCUAUUUUUCUCGAAGGCUUCAGUGUCUAUUUUCAGAUGUAUACGAAAAUAUGUGCAUCAAUAUACUCCAAGCUUUUCACAAUUGUAUGCGGCCUUGCAUGGAACUAUUUCAUGGUGGCACCGCCUGUAAAGUAUGUUGAAUGCCCGAUGAUUUUCAGUAUUUUUUAAAGAUCCUAUUAUCAUAUGUCUUUCUUCUAUGAAAACAGUGGGCAUUCAGGAUAUACUGAUCAUUAUAUAUUAUUGAAAAAAAAACAUGUACCAAAGAAAUUUAUACAAUCUACCUACAGAGCUUCCGAGAAAUUAACGGGAAUUCCAGCACUACAAGAAGAUAAAAAAAACUGGCAUAUCUAAAACUGAAUAAAUUAUUAGCUAAGUAUUGUGAAAAGGGGAAAAGGAGGGAAAGAGAAUGUAAUCAAUCUGUUUUCUCUUUCCCUCACAACUCCAAAAUCUGCAAUUCAUUUGUUUAGCGGAUUCCUUCAUUCAUUUGUCUUUCUUUUCCUUUCCCUUGCCUCCGCGGAAUCCGUUAUUCACUUGUUUUCCUGCGGACUCUGUGUUAUGUGUGUUCUGUGUCUGACUGACCCCUGCACGACUGCUGUAAUCGCUGGCGGCUUCGCAAGAAAUGUACUGUAGCGGC